GAAGGUUUUCUCCUUGGGGAAGUGAAAGGUGAAGCCAAGAAUAGCAUUACAGAUUCCCAAAUGGAUGAUGUUGAAGUUAUUUAUACAAUAGACAUUCAGAAAUAUAUUCCAUGUUAUCAGCUUUUUAGCUUUUACAAUUCUUCUGGUGAAUUAAAUGAGCAAGCACUGAAGAAAAUACUAUCAAAUAUCAAAAAGGAUGUAGUGGGUUGGUACAAAUUCCGACGCCAUUCAGACCAGAUCAUGACAUUUAGAGAGAGAUUACUUCACAAAAACUUACAGCAGCAUCUUUCAAGCCGGGAACUUGUUUUUCUGCUAUUAACACCGAGUAUAAUAACAGAAAGCUGCUCUACUCAUCGGCUGGAGCAUGCCUUAUAUAAACCUCAGAAAGGACUUUUUCAUAGGAUACCUUUAGUGGUGGCCAACCUGGGCAUGUCUGAACAACUAGGUUAUAAAACUGUAUCAGGUUCCUGUACGUCCAUUGGUUUUAGCCGAGCAGUGAAAACACACAGCCCUGAAUUUUUUAAAGAAGAUGGAUCUUUAAAGGAAGUACACAAGAUAAAUGAAAUGUAUGCUUCUUUACAAGAGGAAUUAAAGAGUAUAUGCAAACAAGUAGAACAGAGUGAGGAGGCAGUAGAUAAACUACUAAAGGAUGUAAAUAGACUAAAACGAGAAAUUAAAAAAAGAAAACAAGCACAGAUUCAAGCAGCACGAGAGAAGAAUGUCCAAAAAGACCCACAGGAGAACACUUUUCUUUGUCAAGCUUUACAGACCUUUUUUCCAGAUUGUGAAUUUCUUCACUCGUGUGUUAUCUCCUUGAAAAAUAGGCAUAUUUCUAAAAGUAGCUGUACUACCAACCACCAACUCAGUACGGUAGACAACCUGACCUUAAUGGUAGAAUACACUGACAUUCCUGAAUCUAGUCCAGCUAGUAGUGCACAGCAAAUGAUGAAACGUAAAGCUUUAGAUACAGAUGACAGAUGGCAAUUCAAGAAAUCCCGGCUGUUAGAGAUACAAAGCCAACCAACUAAAACAGAUACUGACAGUAGUAACCAAGAAAAAACAUCCACGAGUAGCCCAGAAACAGAUGAGGAGAUUGAGAAAAUGAAGGAUUCUGGUGACUAUCCAAGGUCUCCUACAUUUUGAUCCCUUUAGGCCAAAAUAUUUUUGAUUGGCUGAAAGGUAAAGCCAAAUAUUUCUAUUGUUUUUGCUAUGUUUGGCUAUUUGCAGUAAUACAUAAAACUUGUACAGCAUUCCUUACAACUGGGAAAAAGAGACUAGCUGUAUUUUCACAGUAGAAAGAAGUCUAAAGUUAACAUGAAAAUUUAAUUUUUCCUGUCAUUACAAUUCCUACUCAAGUUAUGAUAAAUAGUACAUUAUGACUAGGGUUGAGAGAGAAAAUGCUGGACACCAUACAAUACUAGGGACACACUUAUAUUUAAAAAUUAUUCAGUUUAUCUGAAAUUCAAGUUUAAUUGUAUGUCCUGUAUUUUUAUUUGCUUAAUCUAGCAUUUCUAAUUAUGAUACGACCAUAAUGCAGCACAAAUAGUUUGGUUUCUUUAAAAUGAAAUAUAAAACGCUACUAGGGUUUUUUUUCAUUUCACAGCAACCUCUCGUUCCCAGUCUUACUCAGUUGUCCUAACCACACCUAACCUGACAACUAUUUUUUAAAGCUAUUUUUAUUAUCCUUCCAAAAAAUUUACUUAGUUUUUAUUGCAACAGUAACUUUCUUUUUAAUGCUUAUUUUUCAUCAAUACAAUGACAGAUACAACUAACAGGUAUGGGAAAAAAAUACCUAACUCUUGGCAAUGUAGAACUCAAAAGGUAGGAGAGUCAUGGGGUAGGAGAGUCAGUACGAUUUUUAGGAAGAAUAUUUAAUCUAGUUUAACCCAAUGUAAUCUAGUGAGUUGGCUAAAUGGGUGUUGGCUAAGAGAGCUUUUGCUAUUUUUGUAUGUGUCUUUUUCAUAAUUGUGAGAAUUUUGCACGAAGUAUAGUUAUCACAUGAAGCCUUCAUGUUUCGUUCACUAAAUGAAAUGUUGAACACA